AUGGCCUCAUCUCUUGUCUCACAUCUCCACGGCAGCUCAUCGCAGACACAAGAAGAAGAUGAUGAUGACCUAGUCAUCUUGCCUAAUGUCGACAACUCAGAGUUGAUUGCUCAGUUCAAACUCAGUCUCGCUGACCUGGUUAAAGUCUCGAGCAAGCGGCCUUGCCACUUCAACAAAUGGGCUUUAUCCUUAGAACGUUGGAUCCCUCAUAUCAGUGAUACUUUCCCCAACACCAUGACCUUCUGGAUCAGUGUCAUUGGUAUUCCAAGGCACUUCUGGAUGGAUCCUAUCUUUGAAUCCCUGGGAAGAAGGCUAGGGACAGUGGGGCCAAUUGAAGCUAGAGCUACCAAAGUCCAAGUCGAAAUAAACAUGGACCUUCCUCUGAAGUUUGCUCUACGUGCCCAACUACCGUCAGGUGAGAUUGUGCCGGUUAAGCUUGUCUACUCUAACCUCCAUCGCUACUGCAGGCAUUGUCGUCGUAUCUCCCAUGAGCUCGAGUCUUGCCCCCUACUCACUGAAGCUGAGAGAAAAGAGAAAAGUUUAAACUUAGAGGAAGACAGGGACCCUGCAUACUCUAAUAAAUUCGAAGCUCAAAAAACAGGAGAUACCUCUAAGCGCUCGCAACCUCAAGCCUCCAAGGAUAGGCGCAGUGGGGAGGACACUCACAGGGACACCCGGGAUAGCGUUUGGAAACGCAUUGACUCCCGGUAUGAUCCACGAGUUGAUCCUCGCCCUAAAACCCGCUUUGACCAUCGAGAGGCUUCUCGAAGAGAUAAAGACAAAGAAAGGGACAGGAAUGCUUCACCUAACCGAAAGGAAGCUCGUGACCUGUCUAAGGAGACAGUUUGUAGCCCAAAAAUUGUUGCUGCAGCUGUUCCACAGAUCGCAGAGCCAAACCCCUCAGCCGUCCCAGCAAGACAAAAUACGGUUUCUCCAGAGCAUACCAGAGAGAGACCUUUCAGGCUUAAUCUCCAAUCGCGAGCCUCUACAGACCUGAAACUCAAAGGAAAAAUCUCAGAAAUUGAUGAGGCUUCAGAUGAAGUAAGUUCUGCUAGGAAAAGUUUAACUUUUGAAGCUCCUUCAGACACACCUUCUGUCAAUCUCCCUCCAGCGCCGACCCUUGUUUUACCUAAAGACAAUACAAAAAGCUGUUAUGAAAUGACUUUAGAAGAGGAAGGAACUAUGGUUGAAGAUGCAGCAAUCCCACAAGUUCCAUCUAUGAUCCCUAAUAAUCUUGAGAGAGUUGGUUUACCUCUUAAUGAGAGAAUUCUUGAAGAAGAAGACUGGUUAGAAGAUGGUAAUGAUUUUGGAGAUGCAGAUGGCAAUGAUUUUGGGGAGGAAGAUAUCGAUUUGAUGGAGGAGGAUGACCUACUUGUUUCAAAUAAUGAUGUUGAAUCCCGCUUGGGUAAGGCGAUUAAUCCUGAUGCUGAUACAAAUAGAAGGAGUCCGAGGAAGGAGUCUGGCUCUCCGUCGACUCGCGUCUCAGCUUCGUCGGGGGAGAAGAAGAAAAGAUCGAUGCGUCCCCCUUCGCCGAUUGGAGUUACUUUGAGACAGCGUAAUCACAUUGCUGGGCUUGGAUCUCCAAAGUCUUUUCGAUCAGGCCUUGGGACAAAUGUUUCUAAACCAGGCAAUUUAGGCCCAUCUCCCACAGUGGAUCAAAAGAAAGCUCGAGUGACAGCAUCACCCAAAGACAACAACUUUAAAGUGGCUGGUGGAAGGCCACCGAGAGUCCCGUGA